UUGACACGACGCUGACCCUGCGUUGACCUCCAACAUGGCGGACGGAGAAACAAAAUCAGAGAAUAUCCCGGGACCAAGCGACAAGAAACCGGUCUGUACCUUCAGUUUUAAGAAAAGGAAGAACUUGGGCAACGCGAGGAAAAGGAAAGCCAGCAGCAGCUCCAGUGGCAGCGAUGAAGGCGUGUCAGCUGUUGUCAGAAGAGAGAAGAAGGCAGGAGUCACAGACAAUCCCAUGAUUCAAAAGACGAGGCGACUGGCUAGGAGAGACCAGGGAGAGUCCAGUAGUGAGGACAGUGACGGGGAAACAGCCAGACUCACCGUCACCUACAGAUCCACAAGAACUGCUAAACCAGAGGGACCGGAUGACAUGGGUGCCACCAGGGAGUACGAACUGGACACACAGAAGGACAGAGAUGACCAGGCUGUGUUUGAGAGACAACUACAGGCUAACAAGGACAUGAAGGGGAAGGAAGAUGAUAAGAUCUACCGAGGACAGAACAACUACAUGGUGUACUAUGAGAAGAAGGACACAGCACAGGGCAAUGCUGCCAGCGGCAUGGUCAGGAAAGGUCCAAUCCGAGCCCCAGCGAAUCUGCGUGCGACGACUCGGUGGGACUACCAGCCUGACCUGUGCAAGGACUUCAAGGAGACAGGAUUCUGUGGCUUCGGAGACAGCUGUAAGUUCAUGCACGACAGAACCGACUACAAACUGGGCUGGCAGCUGGAGCUGGAGGAAAGGAGAGAAGGGGGUGACGGGGACGACGAUCCUCACCAAUAUGAGAUCAGCUCAGAUGAAGACGACCUUCCAUUCAAGUGUCUUUACUGCAGGGAGUCCUUCAAAAACCCGGUGGUCACCAAAUGCCAGCACUACUUCUGUGAAGCGUGUGCCCUGAAGCUGUACAAGAAAUCCAAGAGAUGUUAUGUCUGUGGCCAGCAAACCAACGGGGUAUUCAACCCUGCUAAAGAAAUCAUCGCCAGACUAGAGAAGGUGGGAGCAGUCGAGGAUUCUGAUGAGAGUGAUAACGAUAACGAGCAGGAAGAGGAUGGCUAAUUAGCAUCACAUUCGUUAGCUGGAUGUCACUUGUUGUGUUUCCUGUUUCUCGACCGACCCUAGAAGAAACUGCCGACCCUAGACUUUUUUUGUUUGGAAACCUUACCCUGCAUUCACUUGUCAUAUCUGUAGCUUU